UGACAACCACACCGACAGAACACAACACAGACACCAAACAAUGCAAUACUCGGUCGCACUGCGCAUUCGUUGCAAUCAAUACGCAGCAUAUUUUGUUAUUACGGUAAAGAAGCACCGCUAAUCAUGAUCACAUCAGGUCGUCUUCAAGAAUACCAGGUCAUUGGCCGCCAUCUGCCUUCCGAGGCCAACCCCACCCCCAAGCUUUACCGCAUGCGAAUCUUCGCUCCCAACGAGGUCGUCGCCAAGUCUCGUUUCUGGUACUUCCUUACCAAGCUGAAGAAGGUCAAGAAGGCCAAUGGCGAGAUCGUCAGCCUGAACAAGAUCGCUGAGAAGAACCCUCUUCGCGUCAAGAACUUCGGCAUCUGGAUCCGAUACGACUCCCGAUCUGGUACUCACAACAUGUACAAGGAGUACCGAGAGAUGUCGCGAACCGACGCUGUCCAGGCUCUCUACCAGGACAUGGCCGCCCGCCACCGCGCUCGAUUCCGGUCGAUCCACAUCCUCCGUGUCGUUGAGGUCGAGAAGACCGACGACAUCAAGCGACCUUACAUCAAGCAACUCGUCACCAAGGACCUCUCUUUCCCCCUACCUCACCGUGUCCCGCGCAUCUCGAACAAGAAGGUGUUCAGCGCCACCCGACCUUCCACUUUCGCAUAAGGGUUUUUCGUAUUGCAGUCGGGGAUUUCUGGGAAUCGGUUUGCCGGUGUUCAUUACGGAAUUGCGGAAAAUGAAGUCACUAGCAUGUGUGCUCGGUAGAUAGUCCUGAGCAAUGAAUGCAUACCACUGA